AUGUGGGGGGAUGUGAACGUCGUAGACAAUUCUGGAGGAGUCAACGUGGUUGACUACAAUCCUUCUGAAGUCCAAGUGGUAGAUAACAAUGACUCCGGAGUCAUUGUAGUCGACAAUAACGACUCGGAAGUCCAGGUGGUCGACAAUAACGACUCGGGAGUCCAGGUGGUCGACAAUAACGACUCGGGAGUCCAGGUGGUCGAUAAUAACGAGUCGGGAGUUCAAGUGGUUGACAAUAACGAAUCAGGAGUCAUAGUGGUGGAUAACAGCGAUGAUUGGGAUACACUUCGU